AUGGCGAUUUUUGCGAUCGAAAAGGCGAUUCGGCAGUUUCUCACCACUUUGGUGACGGUUGUUGAUGUUUUCGCCGGAGAAGUGGGAAUUUUGGAGGAUUUGCUCCACUACUCGGCGGUUAUACCCACGUUGGGAUCCUCUACUCAACGUGAUGCAGUUUCCUCAACGGAUUUCGGAGAGAAGAGAUUAUAUAAAUGGCGAACUGGAGACCCAUCUUCACCAUCAAUCUCAAGCAAUCUAUUCUCAAAUCUCUUAUUUCCUUUCCGAUUUUACGAUUCUCGUUGUAAAAUGGCGGAUAACAUUCGUCGUCAGAUCCAAGAUCUAGAUUUGGGAGCCAUGGAUGAACCAAUCCUCCUCCCUGUGGAUGUGACGUCAAAUCCUGCGUUCAAUCAUUGCGGUUCUGCCACGAAUCUUGAUGAGGACAUCGACCCAAACAUUGACCCGGAUCAGACCGAUGCUGAGGAGCCGGUCACAAUACCAGUCUUGAGGAGAUCACCAAGAACUAGAGCCGGACUUAUAAGUGUAAGAGAAGAGUUCAACCAGUCCAUCGAAGGUUUGAUCACUCUCAUGGAGCAUGAAGAACUCAAGGAGACGCUACUCACAACUGAGAUAUCACAAGAAACUCCACGAUUGAAUCAAGAGGCUAAAGAGACUGACCAAGAUGACCCUCACACCACAAGAAGAGCUCAAGAACAACUCAAGAUCUCAUCAACACCUUUCUUGCCGGUUUUACAAGGAACCAAGGAGACAACCGUGUUCAUCAUCACCAAGCAAGUGGAAGCUCUUCCAUAG